AUGUGCUGUGAUUAUGAUUAUCGGGCACCAAGACAAAAUCUAGCUCUAUUUUACGAGUAUCUGCCUUCUGGUCUUCAUGUGGGAAGGUCUAAUACUCGUCAAGUAGCAGACAGACGCUUUAAUGAUGUUCAAGCUUUCUUGACGUCAUUGUUCAGUUUGGCAGACGAAAUCGCUCAUUCGGACCUGGUGUACACAUUCUUCCACCCACUUCUGCGGGAUCAACAGGACGUGGAUCAUUUGAACAGGAAAGGUGAAUCAACGGAACCUGAAACAAGUGGUUCUGGGUCACUAAAGCUAUCUGUCCAGUACGCGGGUGGCGUGCUCUCCGUAUUAAUACUGCACGCACAAUCGCUCGCACUCACUCCUCAGGGAUUACCGCCUAAUCCUUAUGUUAAGGUGUAUCUGGUACCCGAUCCAACGAAAGAAACGAAGCGAAAAACUCGCGUUUUAAAACGAAACUCGCACCCUUCAUUCAUGGAGAUGCUCGAGUACCGCCUUCCCCUAGAUGUCAUCAAGAACAGAUGCCUACAGGCUACCGUAUGGAACUAUGAUUCUUUGCAAGAAAAUCAGUUCCUAGGUGGGGUGGUGAUACCACUGAGUUCUUUGCGCUUGAGGGAAGAAACUGUAGCGUGGUAUCCUUUAGAGUAUAUCCCACGGUAG